CUGCUGCUGCUGCCCGCCGGCUGUCCGGUGCGGGCGCAGAACGACACGGAGCCCAUCGUGCUGGAGGGCAAGUGCCUGGUGGUGUGCGACUCCAGCCCAUCGGCGGACGGUGCUGUCACGUCCUCCCUUGGCAUCUCCGUGCGCUCUGGCAGCGCCAAAGUGGCCUUCUCCGCCACUCGGAGCACCAACCACGAGCCGUCGGAGAUGAGCAACCGCACGAUGACCAUCUACUUCGACCAGGUGUUAGUAAAUAUUGGCAACCAUUUCGAUCUUGCCUCCAGUAUAUUUGUAGCUCCGAGAAAAGGGAUUUAUAGCUUCAGCUUCCACGUGGUCAAAGUGUACAACAGACAGACCAUCCAGGUCAGUUUAAUGCAGAACGGCUAUCCAGUGAUCUCAGCAUUCGCAGGAGACCAGGACGUGACCAGAGAAGCAGCCAGCAAUGGGGUCCUGCUGCUGAUGGAGAGGGAGGACAAGGUGCACCUCAAACUGGAGCGGGGCAACCUCAUGGGAGGCUGGAAGUACUCCACCUUCUCCGGCUUCUUGGUGUUUCCCCUAUAAACGCCGAGCCUGGGGUGGCGGGGAAGUUGUAAUCUGGACCCAGGAAUCCACCCUCCCUAACCCCCUGAACUUGGCAGAACAGGACAACUUGUUUCCAAGCUCCGUCUGACUGUCGCGGUAGAAGAAUGAUUUCCUUCCAAAUCUCCAGUGUUUUCUUUGACUAUUGACCAUUCCUCGGGAACCUGGCCUCUAAUUAGUUUUAGACGAUAAGGUCUUCAGGAGAAAUGACACUAUGGACCUGAGCAAUUUGUACCGGUGAUUGUAACGUCGAUCUGGGAUUUUACUGUUGGGACCUCUGCGAUUUCUUCUUUUGUAUGGACGCUGUAUUGUUGUCCGGAGUGAGGAGUGUCCAGACCUCAAGAUGGAUUGCAGGGGGCUGGCUGCACUCAAAGCAAGAGCCCUGCAGGUCACCGCCCACUGGCCAGUCCGUGAAAUGUGUUCUCUGUGUGUCUGUUCAGCCUUAAGAAAAAGGAUGGCUUGGCUUUCAUUCUGUGUGUUUCCCUGGGAGAAUGGGAGGACUGGGGAGGGGAAGGGGCAUUGUGAUCCUGUCGGAAGUGCUUUAUCUGGAGAUGCGAGUUUUGCACGAUCGGACUGGACUUUCGUUCUGUACUGUGUGUGUGUGUGUGUGUGUGUGUGUGUGUGUGUGUCCUCGAAGAGCUUUACUUUGCUUUCUACGCUCGGCUCUCCCUCCUCACCCCUGCUUUUCUUCUUCAUGCUGGGCUGACAGAGAGAAAUGUAUGUUGAAUUCCUGGAUGAGACCCAACCAAACAAAAGGUACCUGUAUAUCAAAGUGAAAAUGACAAAUGGACAAUUCCUUGGAUUCUUUUAAAGAGAUUCUCUCAGAUGCACCAUGAGAAUGAACAACCAGGAUAUUUUUUUAACGCUUCGGAGUACUUUAAGAACCUGGCGUUCCUGGGUGGCCUGGAUCAUGUAAGAUGAGAGCAGGUGCCGUGUGACCAAGUCUCCCGAGUAUAUGGCUUCUCUGUGGAGUGACCUGGGUCUUUGCAGCAGCAUGCUUCACUUACUGGGAUUCACUCUGCGUGAGCACACCUGGGACCAGGUGCUUCAAAGGCAGCAGGACCAGCCACUCUCCAGGGAUCCCCUUCUGAUCUGCCCAGGAAAGAGGGGUGUGGACACUCCCCUGCCCCCUGCGUGCACUGGGAGGAAGCCAGGCUGGAGUCCCAGUGGUUAAAGCUAUUGGCAGAGGCACCCUAGGAGCGGUUUCUCAAAUCCUUCCUGUUUUGGCACCUUGUAUAACAAUAUUAUUAAAAUCCAGCUGAGCGUUGAUGAGUACAGAAUUCCUAUGCCAAGGAGAUGUCACUAGUCCCAAAGCAGUCAAAGAAGAGACCUCAAACCGGAUGUUAAUUUGUCCUUUGUGUAACAAUGUAACCAAAAUAUUGAUGAUAAAGAAGUCAUAAUUUAAGAUUCAGAAUAAAUGGGUUUGAUGUCUGGCUUGCUCUUCUCCCUUCCCAUUGUCUCCCAACUCCCAAAUUGUGUGUAAGUAUCAGCCAAGGGUUAGGGACCUUGCCAAAAGUAAAUCCAUACCCUGCCUGUUUGAACACACACACACACACACAGAUGUAGUAAUGGGUCAGAUGGAAUUUACACAUAAAAUACAUUUUACUUAGUACAUAAUAUCUUUCACACAGGACAAUUUUUGAAGAGAUACAUUUAAAAGACAGCAUUCAAAAGGUGUUGUGGAUAGGAGUCUGCUUUUGUCAUAUGUAAUCAUUGAUGUGGUCCCUGUUCCAACUGAAGACCAGUGAUUAAAAGAAACUGACAUUUGAAGAGAGAGUCAGUUGUUUCUAAGGCAUGUGAGAGAUUGGAACGGCAUUGGCUUUCAUUUUCCAAAAAGAGAUGCAGUGGGGACUAUAUAAAUGAAAAACUAUAGUUUCAGUAAGGGUCUGAGUUUCACUGGCCUUACGUGAAGAGCAUGAUAGGGUGCAGAAUAAAUUUAAUUUGAAUUAAAAUGCUGUUACAUUUUGUGAAGAUGGGGGAAAUAUCAGGAAAUAUCAACCCAAAGACACUUGGGGUGUUUUGGCUCUGUGAUCACUAGAGAUACUUCUGAGCAAAAGCAUUGUUUAUGAAUGCUGAUAACAUAAACAGCAGGAUGCUGGCUAAUAUAUUUUCUCUGUAUUUUAUUGCCCUUAGUUAUUUAGUCCUCUUUCUCUCAUUUCCUUAACCUUCUGUUCAAUUUAAAACAAACAGCAAACCUCAUUAGAAGAUAAUACAGCACUUCAGAGAGUGAAAGAUAUAUGAGUACUUGUUAUUUUUAUUGCUUACAAAUACGGAAUACACGCAUUUCUUUGUAUUUACAACUUUAUUACAUAGAGGCUGUCAUUUGGUUAUACUGUCUGUCUAAUAAAUAAGUUAUUAAAUUGACUGAUCUAAAAAUAAGUAUAUUUCAGGAGUUUAUUUUGUUAGGUAAAAUGCUUCAUUCUGUUUAUUACACUCUUUUUUUUUUUUUUGAGCUGAUGCCAAAGACUACAUU